UCCACCUUUUCAGCGGUUCAGUGACCUCAGCAGUGGGCUGGAUUGGAAGGGUGGGAUUUCCAGGCUUCGAGUGAGCUGAGAUCUGUAUUCCUGCCUCUCUAUUUCAGGAUCUAUGCGGCUUCAGCGACAGCCCAGACGGACCGGUUGCACCUUUUAAUAGCCACAGAAAGGACGAUACACUGCACACUGGAUCUUUUUUCUACAUGCGACUCCAAUCGGAAUAAAUAAUUGAGGAAUGUGGAAAUUACAGAAUGCCCAACAGCGCUGGAAAGAGAUUUAAACCCACCAAAUACAUCCCAGUGUCCACUGCUGCCACACUCCUUGUGGGAUCGACCACUUUAUUUUUCGUCUUCACGUGCCCCUGGUUGACAAAGGUGAUCUCUCCCGCUGUGCCCCUCUACAAUGGCCUGGUCUUCCUCUUCGUCUUGGCCAACUUCAGCAUGGCAACCUUCAUGGACCCUGGUGUUUACCCCCGAGCGGACGAGGACGAGGACAAGGACGAUGAUUUCCGAGCGCCGCUCUACAAGAAUGUGGAGAUCAAGGGCAUUCAGGUCCGGAUGAAGUGGUGCGCCACCUGUCACUUCUACAGGCCGCCUCGCUGCUCGCACUGCAGCGUCUGUGACAACUGUGUGGAGGACUUUGACCACCACUGUCCCUGGGUGAACAACUGCAUCGGUCGGAGGAACUACCGCUACUUCUUCCUCUUCCUGCUGUCGUUGAGCAUCCACAUGGUGGGAGUUUUCUCCUUCGGCCUCAUCUUCGUCCUCCACCACCGAGACAGACUGGCAGCCCUGCACACCACCGUCACUCUGGCGGUGAUGUGUGUGGCCGGCCUGUUCUUCAUUCCAGUCAUGGGACUCACGGGUUUCCAUAUGGUGCUUGUUGCUCGGGGGCGAACCACCAAUGAACAGGUGACGGGCAAGUUCCGUGGAGGAGUCAAUCCCUUCACCAGGGGUUGCUGUGGCAACGUGGAGUAUGUCUUAUGUAGUCCCCUGGCACCUAGGUACACGUCGGACCCCAGGAAAAAGCCCAGUGUCAGAAUUCAGCCCCCAUUCAUCAGACCUGACCUGUCGGAGAGGCAAAUCACCAUCAUGAUCAGCGACAACGGCAUCCACAGCACCAUCAUCAGCUCCAAGUCCAAAAGCAGCCUGGACGGCCUGGACGAGAAAGACACCCAGCCGCCGCUGCCCCCCAAAGCUGACCGGUACAACCAGCUGAAGAGCCAGAUGGCAUCCAGCGAAGAUAGUUCUCUUCCUGGUAAGACCCACCCUUCCACUCCAGCCAUGUACAAGUACAGACCGACGUUUGGCACCAUACCUAAAGUCCACUACCACACAGCUGGAGAGAAGAUCAUCAUGUCAGAUGAGCGGAAGACCUCGGCCAUCUUGGAAGAGGGUGUCCGUGGUCAUGACUACCGCUCUGAGCCGAACCUGGACCUGCCUGAAUACACCAACGCGCCCCUCCACCGCACCUUCCAGUCCUCUCCCCUCCAGCUGGACUCUGACCCCCACCCCUCUGACUCCCGCUCGCUCAGCCUGAAGCAGGGGCCCCGCCGGCCGGAGAAGGGCCAGCUCCCAGCCCUGCAGCCGCAGACAGUCACCUCCACCCCGUACAAGAGCGUCUUCUCGCCCAACACGCUCUCCAACCGUAAUGGCAGCUUGUCUUAUGACAGCCUGCUCAAUCCCAGCAUCUCCCCCGCCGCUGCCAGUGAGUGCAUGGCCCACCGUGGUAUGCCCUCCGUGGGGUUCCACUCGCCCUACCUGCCCACCAAAAUGUGCCACAUCCGAGAACCUGAAAUGCAACGGCACCAGGUCACCCCCACCUUCAGCCCAGUGAUGCCACCCAGUGGGGUGGGCAGGCAAUCCCCUCACCUAAAGGACAGGGACCCAUCCCCGGUACGCUACGACAACCUCUCCCAGACCAUCAUGGCCUCCAUCCAGGAGCGAAAGGAGAUGGAGGAAAGGGAGAAACGGCAGAUAGUGCAUGGGCGCUCCCAGACCCAUAGCUAUGCUCAGGACUCUGGCGUGUUUGAUGGGGGCUACGGCCUACCCUCCAAUGCUUGUUACCCAGAUGGGCCUCGAGGCCCCGGCUCCAGAGGCCCAACGCCCCCCGCCUAUGGAGGCUCCAGGGACAACCUCAUGGGGGUCGGGCUGGUGAGCUAUGGGCAACGAACCCCUGUGUUGCGUCAUACCGGCUCCACGCUGGGUCGUGCCCCUAGGACUUCAUCCACCUCCCUGCAUACAGACCACAGUAGCAGCAACAGCAGCCAGAGCAGGGCCACUUGCCCCGAGGGCCUCUAUCGUUCCCCGGCCCACCAGCCACACUCCCCUGCCAUGCCCCGAUCCCCCUCCUACUCCCACCAGAAACUCUCCUUCAUCAGUGCUCUUGAGAGGACAGACUCGUCUCGUCUAGGGGGCCCAAGAGAGGCCAUGAAAGUUAAUGGGCAGAUGGACUGCCACCCCAGUGCCCAGGGUUCCACCCUCAGCCCCAGUCGCCACAGUAAUGUCAAAAAGGUGACAGGCGUUGGAGGCACCACAUAUGAGAUAUCAGUGUGAGCAGGGACACGGCACCCACCUCCAACGACAACGAACACCCUGCUGCAAAGAGAUUCUCUCAUCUCUCUUAUUUUAGUGACGUCUAGACAACGGCCAGUCAGUGGCACACAGCGCUGCCGGUUCUGGAGUUACUGUCCAAUCAGAGGACCUGUCUGCCCGCGUGUGGGUCUGUCUAGACAAAUGCCUGUGUGUGUUUGUACCAGGGUUGUUUGUCAGUUAAUACCGCUGCAGGCUGUUGUUUGUGAGGAGUGUCUCGUCAUUAACAUUUUGUGGCUCAUCGUCUUGGUCGUAAGAGUGGACGUUAAUGUUAUUACUGUCGUCUCUCAGCUGUGGUCCUGAAGCGUACGUUGUUCCAAAUAUCACACAAACCUUGCUGAACAAAAACACGGCUACACGGACAUAUCAAACACCGAUGUCCUCACCACGGACCUCUGUAGGAGACGAAUGUCCUUUCAGAAUCAAUUGCAAAGAAGUCUAAGUGCGUCACAUUAAUUUGUUCUGUUCAUGGCAUCUCCAGCAUAUUUGGUGGAGUUGUACAGCUUAGAGAAUUGAUGAGAGGGCCGAUCAAAUGGCUCAGCACCAACUGCAUUUGCACCACAGGAUGAGGGAGGUGUGAAAGGGGGAUGGAGAGAAGGGAAACUAUCGUAUCAUGUCUGUUGGUUGCGUUCCAAAUUCAUUGAGCAAGACUUUCUUAAUGAUUAAAUUCCUUUGUCAAAAAGAAAUCUGUCAGGAAUGAAUGCAACCAGCAGAGGUGCUAGUUGAUAUAUAAAAUAAUGCAUACUGAAUGGCUCCUUCUGUCUCAGAUUAAUAGGGCUCAAGUAAAGCGGAGCCGCAUGUAUUCCCUUCAUAAAGAUGCAGUACAUCAUCACGGGCUUCUGUUGUUUUAGUGAAGCUGUCUGAUUUCAACAUGACCUUUGACACGAGUGCUGAGCAGAUAUAUUAGCGUUCUGAAGAUAAGAAUACCUCACCCCAAGAGUUCAGAAUGAGUCCAGCCUUGCACAACCAAAACAACUUAGAUUUUUUGUUUUGUCUAAAAAAAAAAAAUAAGAACCAUUGUUUAUUGUGUAAGUUGUUAAUCAUAGGAUUGGAAUGGACGGAAAGGUGUAGAGAAAUGAAGACUGGUCACCCAUUUAUUAUUUUUUAACGGUUUUGUUUUCUUUUUAUAUAGCCAACCUUCCAAAUUAAAAGGCUAUGUUGAUACAUCUUUUUUUAUACAGACAGUUAAGCCUGGAAUGGAUGUUUCAUUUGAGUGGAUUUGUUCAUUGAUAAAUUAUAAAGUAAAAUAAGUCAUUAUAAUAGGUCAAAUCCAUAAAGUAAAUUUAGCGUGUUCUAAUGAAGUGUAAUUAUGUGAUUUGAGGAAGUAAACAGUCACAUUGACUUUCCAAUGUGUGCUCUACCCGAGACGAGAAUUGAGCUUUCAAUAGCAACAGUGCCAAAAAUGCAUCCACACCCCUUAAUUAGACAGUGAAUGGGUGACACCCUUACUAUGUCACAGUGACAUCACCAAGGAGGAACAUGUUAAACCAAUCAACUUGCAGCAGCUGUCUGGAACAGCUCCAGUAUACCCCCUACUUUUUUUUUUGCUGUUAUUUAAAACAAAAGUCUCAAAACAUGUAUUACUUUCGAGAAGAUGAAUUGAUAAUAUCUAAGUGGAAGGUUUUUGUUUUUAUUUUGCACCAAUAAAUAGAAGAAAAAAAAAACCAUGUCAUAAUUUACAUGGCUGCUGUGAAGAGGUAUCUUUUGCCCAGCUCCAUUUGCAUGAAGAAUAAACCAUUGUUGCCUUUUCAGAGGAAAAGCUACUUCUCAUACAGAUUUAAAAACAGCUUGUUGAAACACUCUCGCCCCCUAGGGGACAGUGAACUACCUUUAGUGUUUCAUAUUGAGCAGCAAAUUACAGGAGUGACACUUGUUAACAACUUGGACUGGGUAAAUAUUGUCGCCGCAGAAAGUUCUGGAAGAAAGGCCAUCAUACAAGGUAAUAAUUGAUCCUACUUGAUUAUGAAAAUGCAUCACUUUUUACAGGAUCUUUUUUUGCAUUUCUGAAUUCUAUCCCCAGAGAUGAGUGUAAAGGCCGUUAGCUGUGGUAGAGUCUUGCUUUCUGACGAGGUGGAAUGUCUCUGUUAAAGUCUCACCCAGCUGCCUUACCAGUAACAGGAUACUGUAUUCAAGUCAUGUAUUUCUGAAUUGUUAGUUUGUUUGUUUUUUAAAGACUAUUUUGGGGAUUUUUCCCUUUAUUUGAUGACAGUGGAUAUACAUGAAAGGGGAUGACAGCAAAGGGCCGCAGGCCGGAUUCAAACCCGGGCCGCUGCCAAGGACUCAGCCUACAUGGGGCACACACUCUUACUGGGGGAGCUACAGGCCACCCCCAGGUUGUUUUAAGGCAUACAGGGAUACUUUUUUUUUUGGCAAACUUGAUGGGUGCCAGUAGAACUUAAUGAAUAUCUGACAGACAUUAGCUGCCGAGUUGCCUAAAAACUAUCAUGACCAGAUUUAAAAACACUAUCGAUGUCAUUCCUCUUUAAGAUGACUGCCAUUAGUCCAAUGUUUUUUUUUGGAGGGGGGGGGGGGAUCACUGCAGGUCAGGGAGCAUUCCUGACAGUCAAUAUUGAAUCUGUUUUGUUGAGCUGAUUUUAUUUUCUGAACCGCAAAUAGAAAGUUCACUAUGUAUAAAUAAAAUAGAAUGAUACUAAAAAUAAAUGUACAUGGGUUCCUAUUUUUGUGAAGAGGAAAUAUUUCCCAAUGACCUGAGCAAAGUAAAUAAAGUGUCCAACUCUUUGAGUGAAUGAGAUUGAUUCUUGUGAAU